AUGGCCAACUUCUCCGGCACUUGGAAGAUGAAGAACAGCGAGAAUUUCGACGAGCUCCUCAAAGUCUUGGGUGAGCAAGGAAGGGCAGCCUUGGCCGCUGCGCCCGGCGCUCCGGCAGCGCUUGAAGGGGUCGGGGGGCCGGGAGAGGCUUGGCCGGGGGACUCCAGGGGGCGGAGGGGCUCACCCAUUCCCCCCACCCCCAAAACACCGCCCCCAGGUCACCGGCCAGGCGGACCCUCGUGCACACGUUUACACGGGAGUCAGCGGCGCAUUGGAGAGCGGGACGCGACUGGAGUCCCUCGUGGCCGCCGGGUUCCGGGUCUCCCCGCGUCCGGGAGCGCGGCAUCGGAUCCGGACUAUCUCGCUCCCCGGUCGGGGAGAGUAGCUGCCACGCCCCGUGGGGCUUUACUCCCAGGUAGAAGGUGAACGCGGUGGGUUGAGGCGAGUUUACUCAGAAGGAUCGCCGCUGUGCUCACCGGGGCUUACUCUCAAGUAAAUGAGCGCGGGGAGGGGCUCAGGGGGGGAAUCAGCGCGGGGGGAUUCUCUCUCCCCCUCUCUCUUUGGGGAUCGUUUUAGAAAGGGGGGACAGGCUGAGCCUGUGUUCCUGCAACAUUUACAUGAACACGUUGAGACUUACUCCUGCGAAUGGGCGGAUCUGACAAUUUUUGUUUCUCUCGGUUUUUCCACUCUUAACUUCACAUUUCCACAUUAUUAGUUUUUUAAAGUCAUCUUGAAAAUUCAUCCUUUUUUUACUGUGACUUUCUCCUAGUAUACUCAUGACUCUAUGCUAUUCUUUCAAAGCAAUUUCCCUUAAUACAAUGCCUUUUUGUAUAUUAGAUACCUGAAUACAUGCCUUUUUUACACACACUGGACUCUGGGAUCGACCUCUUUAGGUUCAAAUCCCCAGUCCAGAGAACCACAGUGCAGAUUCCCAAGGAUUGCUUGUGUUGUGGUUCUUGUAUUGUUUCGGGAAAUGGGAAUUAAGGCGGUUGGCCUUAACAGGUGGACUGAAUUACAUGUCUGCCCCAUCCCCACUUUCCCCAACCCCCAUGUCCACAGCCUCUGCUCGCAAGCCAUUGGGGAAGGGCCCUAGUUAAGCCUUAAAGUACCUACCUGGCAGGCAGAAGCUUGCAGGCUCAGUCCCCAGCAUCACCAGAGAGGGCGGCGAGAGACUUCCUGCCUGGAACCCCAGAGAGCUGCUGCCAGUCAAUGCAUGCAGUACUGAGCAAGAUGAACCAGGGGUCUGACAGGGUCGGAAGCAGCGGUGCUUCUGGAUGCCAGCUGCUGGAAACCACAGGGGAGGAGAGAGCACUCUUGUGGGUUUCCCCCAGAGAGGCAUCCGGCUGGCCUCUGUGUAGGGUUGGAAGGAACAGCCAAGGGUCAUCUAGUCCAACCCCCUUCAAUGCAGGAAUCAUAACUAAAGAAUUCCUAGCAGAUGCCCCAACCCCUGUUUGAAAACCUCCAAGGAAGGAGAGCCCCCCACUUUCCCAGGGAGUCCAUUCCAUUGUCAAACAGCUUUUAUUGUCAGAAAGUUCUAUCUGAUGUUCAGUUGGGAUCUCCUUCCUUGUCAUUUGAAUCCAUUGGUUUGGGUCCUCCCCUCCAGAGCAGGAGAAAACAAGCUUGCUCCUUCUUCUGUGUGACAGGACUUCAGAUAUUUGAGGCUGGCUAUCCUGUCACUUCUCAGUCUCCUCUCCUCUGAGCUAAACACACCCAACUCCCUCGACCAUUCCUCAUAAGGCCUGGUGUCAAGACCCUUGAUCAUCUGGGUUGCCCUCCUGACCCAGCAGGCUCUUCGUGGUCGUCUUAUGUCCUUUCGGCAGUUAACUUUGUGUUCAGCAUCAUGGUUCCUCCUCCUUGGUUUUUGCCCAGGGGUCAACGCCAUGCUCAGGAAAGUAGCCGUAGCUGCUGCCUCGAAACCACAUGUGGAGAUCCGCCAGGAGGGGGACCAGUUCUACAUUAAGACCUCCACCACCGUCCGCACCACCGAGAUCAACUUCAAAGUUGGCGAGAGCUUCGAGGAAGAAACCGUGGACGGGAGGAAGUGUCGGGUAAUAAAUAACCGCUGUGUGUUACUGCCUUAUUCAUUUAAGGAUUUUGUACUCUGUUUCCCCACUCUAUCAAUUUAUUUCACUAUAAAAGUAUUCCUAUACCACCAUCUCAUAAAACUUCAGGGCAGUGUGCAACAAUCAAAAACACUAUUAAAAACACAAAUGAUUAUUCAAUGGUUGAUUUAGCAGCAGCCUAGGACUCAAAGCGGCUUGCAGGUAAGAAAAAAAACAUGCAAAGCGCACCAUUUAAAACAGGUUAAAACUUCAGAGAAUAGACAUGCUGAAACAAUAGUCACAGGGCAAAACCCACCUGAAAUCGAGCCAUUUCCACCUGACCAGAGCUGGCCCACCCAUGAGGUGGGUGUGAAGCUCCUCCGCCAGGCAGCGGAGGCACCAGAGGAGCCCAACCCCUGGGGUGUUGCUGCUCAUCUCCCCUCCCCUGGGGCAGAGAAGGCAAGCGGCAGUGCCUUGCAGAACAGACUGGCAAGGGUGGGUGUGUUCUGGUGACAACAAAAGUGUGGGUGAGGGGGGCACGGGGGCACAUUCCCCUUUCGCCUCAGGUGGCCAAACAGGAUGGGCCAGCCCUCCUCUGAACAUCUGGAACUCAGCAGGGACAAUGCCUUCCUGAUUUGUAACAGGAGGCAGUUCCACAGAGUUGGGCCCACUGCCCAGAAGGCAGGAUACUCUGCUAUUCAUUUAUUCGUUAUCACAUUCUUAUCCCACCUUACCUCCAAGGACCUCAAGGUGGUAUACGUGGUUGUUGCCACUCCCCAUUUUACCCUCACAACAACCCUGUGAUGUAGGUUAGGCUGAGCUCCCAGCAGGACACUCAAACAACAAUCCCACCUUAGAAUUGUAGUUUUGGGAGGUACCCCAAGGUCUAUGAUUUUAUGACUCAAAUGUCAUGUAUUAAUGUAUAAACAGAGAUGCAAUUCUGAGCUGGCUUUCAGAGGUGGAAAACAAGCUCUGGCUCUUUCCAUCAGGGCUUACUCUGAGUUGUGGGGUGCUGACGUGAUUUUCUGGGCCUAAUGCAUUAAUCGUGUUCCCAGCAGACUAGUAGAGACUGUUCACUGCCUCUUUGCUAACCUACCUCACAGGGUUAUUGUGGGGGUCAAAUGAAGAGGGGGAGAACCAGGCACACCACCUGGGAGGAAAGAUGACAUAUAUGCAAAGCUGAGAGGCGUCUUGUCAUCUGGGCAGUCCAGGACCUCCAGACACCCUGCCCAGGCUUGCACCCCACCUUCAGUGCUGCUAAGGCAGAGAUUUGACUUCACCCUCGGAGAUGCCCUCCUUUGCCUCUUGAGACAGACCGAUGCCAACAAGAGUUGGCAUGCAGUCCAACACUAUGCUGCCCAAAUCAAUCAACAUCAUCAUGGGGGGAGGACUAUAUGACCCUUGGGGUCCCUUCCAACCCUAAUCCAGGGGUUCCUUGCUCUUGCCAUCAGCCACAUAAGAUGAGUCCUUUAGAGAGUUGGGACAGAUUUCUGAGAGAUCAUCCUGUUCCAGGGGCAAUUAAGGACCAUAAAGGCAUUGCUGAUUGGGAUCUCUCCAGUCCAGAGCAUUUCUUAUUCUAGAAAAGUAUUACAUCCUCAGGCUGCUACAUUUUGAUGUGCCGGGAUGUGUUUUAUCUGUUUGUCACUCAGGGGUGCCAACUUGAAUAAAAUAUUGUGGGGACCAGGUAAGGUCCACCCCACAUAAUGGAUGUCAUGAGACAGCACUUGAAUGGCAAUGAACGUCAGCUUUGAGGGGGCCCAGCCCCCUCAAAUAUUUUGUUGGGGGAGGCAAGUCCCCACAGCCCCACUUUCUCCUUUGUGUUGCAAGGGGGGGGGAGGAGAACAUCCUGUUAUCUUUUAUAGCCUUGAAUUGAUGAGCCUGGAUCACACCGCCCUGCAUUUUGUUCUCGUUUCCUCAGCAGCAAAGUGUCCCAUGAAUAUUAGGACAAAGGCAUUGCUACCCCCAGGCCCCCCCCCGCCUCGCCCCUCCCAUUGUUGUCUCUUGUUUGUUAAUCAGAAAUUCCUUUCCUUCUGGUGUUAGCCUUUCAUGGAGUCAAGUUGAGAGGUACAAAAUAGUGACAAUAAUAGCCGUUAGGGAAAGUGGAUGGCUCCUCAUGGAUCCUUACAUACAAGAGGCCAUUUGCUACCAUUUCUCUGCUUCGGCUGUUUACACAAAGAAAUUUUGCCUGGUUUUUGGGACUGUUUAUCCAGCCCUCUGCACCCACCACUUUGAAUUGCUGGCUGUCUAGUGGUUUGAGUGGCGUGAGGUGACUGGUGGGCUUUAGGGCAGGGAAAGACAACCUCCAGGCUGCUGCACUUGGGGGCUUCCUAGCUGACCCCCAAGCCUCUUCUUCUGGGCUCUGCCCCUCCUCAAUUUCCACCUUGGUUGGGGUGUAUAUGUGUGUGAAUAGUUUUGGAAGGCUGAUUAGGACCCUACCCUGGCAAGCGGGUGGGUAGAGGAGUCCAAUCCGGUUUGGCCCCAUGCACCUACCAAUUGCACUACCAAAGGAAAAAAUAGUUAAAUGGAUCAGGAGUGCCCUCUUGACCAAUCUGCUGCACUGCUUGGGAAGGGAAGUCCUGGCAAGUGAAGCCUUUUCCUUGCUCUGUUCACUCUCACCUGCAUGCAUAGCACAGGUGAACCGUAGCAAGGAGGAAGAACAGCUCUGGGAUAUGGGCAGUGGGUCCCUUGCUCUGGUGUGGGCCUGGCCAGGUGACCUUCACACCUGCAAACAUAUCAGACCAAACCAAAGCCCACCCCAAAUCUGUUUCAUUCAGCUGGUAGUGGCGCCUCUGUCACUCUCUGACUGAGCAGAUGGAAGCCCGCAGAACUGUUUUGGCAUCACAAAUGAGCAACUACGAAAUGGAUGACAUCCAGUUUCUGUGAGGGAAGGUAGCAUUGAGACUUUGAUGGGGGCAAGAUGAAGAUUGAGAAGACAAUGCUGUUUAAUCUGGAUUCUUUAGGCUUGUCAUGAAAUAAUGCAGCUAAUCCCCCCCCCCCGAUGUGCGGAUUGUGUGUGUGUGGGGGGGUACUCUUUGCUUGCAGAGUUUAGCCACUUGGGAGACUGAAAACAAGAUCUAUUGCAAACAAACUCUUCUGGAGGGAGAAGGCCCCAAAACAUACUGGACGAGAGAACUGGCUGGAGAGGAGCUGAUUUUGGUAAGAAAUUUUAAUUUUACAAGGUUGGGUCUCGAUGGUAAGGGUGGACUUUCCUGGUACCUAGAGAAGCCCCCUUUCCCCUGUUGUGUUCAUGCACUGAUGGGAAAUGUGUGACCCUCCAGAUGCUGCUGGACCCCAGUUCCCAUCAGCCCCAGCCAGCAUGACUAAUGGUCAGGGGUAAUGGAAGCUGGAGUCCAACAAAAUGGAAAGGGCAUCAUAAUGUCUUGGAGCAAUACUGCAUUUUUUUGGGGGGGGGCAAUUAACAUGAAAGUCUUUUGCCAAGGGACCCACCAAACCCAGGGUCAGCCCAGUAGGGAGUGGCGGGAGUCCCGCUCCCCUCACCUACAGAAUACCCUUUGUUGUAAAAAAAACAGACCCAGAACCCUCUGCAUUAGAAGUGGCUCCAUCAUGUCUCUCAAGAUCUUCAGUCCUAACCUCCACUUUAUUUAUUUACUUAAAAUAUUUACAAGCCUCACUUUCAUAAAAAAUAUAACAAGGCAGAGUACAGCAUUCAGACACAAUACAACAGCCAUAAAAACAUCAGAAAUACAGCAAGGGGGGGAGGUUGGUUAAAAAGUUAGAUUUCAAAAAAAAUAAUAAUUAAAAAUUGUCUGCACAGUUGUUGAUAAAAGAGUCCAAAAUGAAAAGCAGGGCUGACUCCUGCUGGAUGACUUCUGGCAGGGAGUUUCACAGGACAAAGUUUGGUCUUUGGUAAAAGCCAAAGGAACCUCAGCCUACACACACACACACACACACACACACACACACACACUGCCACAAGUGCUGCAUCAGAAAAAUGCUGUGGUUGAGGAGGAGCAAAAGGACUCAGGCGAACCGUUCAAGAAGGACACUGACAAACUGGAACGUGUCCAGAGGAGGGCAACCAAAAUGGUCAAAGGCCUGGAAACGAUGCCUUAUGAGGAGCGGCUAAGGGAGCUGGGCAUGUUUAGCCUGGAGAAGAGGAGGUUAAGGGGUGAUAUGAUAGCAAUGUUCAAAUACAUAAAAGGAUGUCACAUAGAGGAGGGAGAAAGGUUGUUUUCUGCUGCUCCAGAGAAGCGGACACGGAGCAAUGGAUCCAAACUACAAGAAAGAAGAUUCCACCUAAACAUUAGGAAGAACUUCCUGACAGUAAGAGCUGUUCGACAGUGGAAUUUGCUGCCAAGGAGUGUGGUGGAGUCUCCUUCUUUGGAGGUCUUUAAGCAGAGGCUUGACAACCAUAUGUCAGGAGUGCUCUGAUGGUGUUUCCUGCUUGGCAGGGGGUUGGACUCGAUGGCCCUUGUGGUCUCUUCCAACUCUAUGAUUCUAUGAUUCUAUGAUUCUAUGAACCUCCAAGGUCCUUGGAAGCUCUGCUCUUGCAACUUCUGUGUCAGCCAUAGAAAUCUAAAACCUUUGGGAGAGGGAGUUUUUGCGGAUUUUUAUUUAUUUAUUUCAUAAAAGUUAUAUGCCACUUGACUGAAAAGAAAAACACCCUUAAAACAAUCUACACUAAAAACAAAAGCAAUUUACAACAAUAAAACAUACAAAAAGUUUUAACAUGAAAACAUUAAAAUUGACACCAGCAUUUCAAAGCACCUAAACAAGCAUCAGCAGGCAAGCGCCAAAAAGAAUACAGUGAAGGUGCCUGCCUAAAAUCAAUAGGCAGGGAGUUCCAAUGUGUAGGCGCUGCCACAAUAAAAGAUUCGCAGGAACAGGUAUUAUGUGGCAGCUGCAGGAAUGCUAAUGCCACUGACUGAAGCAGCUGAGUGGGCAAAUGUGGGGGCAAGGCCACCUUGUAGGUAAAUUGGUCUCAAGUGGCACAGAUUUUGGAACAUUCUCCCACACACACACCCUCCAAUCUCUACUAUGACCCAUUUUCACAGGAAAGAAACUACCACAGGUUGCCAGGUAUUUGAAUAUUGAAUGUUUCCUUAGAUAAAUUACAAAUAAGUUCUCCUUCCCCACCCACUACACACACAGACUUUACUUUCCUGAUGAAAGCAGCCUGAAGCCAAAUUUUGCAGAGUUUGUUCAUUUUUAAAAAAAAUAGUUUUAUUAAUUUCCAAUAUAUAACAACCGCAAAAAAGAGGCGGGGGGGGGGAUACAAAAACAAAAUCCCAACUCCCAACCCCACUUCUCCCUUCAGAAUGGAUCGAUUUAGUUAAAUUUUGCCAAAGUCCAAACUGUGAUUUUGGUAGUUGCUAUUCUUCAGGGUUAUCAGUAAGGUGUUUUAUAAAAGAAUGCCAAUUGUCUACAUAAUUUGUAUUAUUCAGUGCAUGUAAUCUCUUUGUUAAUUUUUCCAAUACAGCAAUAAUGAGAGAUACAGAGAUGGUUCAAUCCUUUCCAAUUCUGUGCCUCUAGUAGGCGUGCCGCUAUUAAAAGAAAAAUAAUUAGUUCUUCAUAACAAAGUUCAGAUUGCCCUUUAAAAAAUAGUUAACAAUCCCAAACUUGAAGUACAUUCCACAUGUUACAGCUUAUUUCUGUAAAUCCCCUCUGCCAGGAGGGCUUUCUGUGUUCACACAUCCACCACAUGUGAAGUGUGGUACCUAUACUAUUGCAGCCUCUCCAGUACAAUGGUGGGGUAGUUUUAUUAAUAUAACUACACAGUAAUGGUGUAGUAAUUUAAAUGUAUCCAAGUUGAAACUGAUUUAGCCCACAAAUUAUACCAAUCUACCUCUGCAAUCUCUAUCCCUGGAUCAGAUUCCCUUUGUUGUUUCACGGAGUUGCAUCCUCCAAUUGCUAACUCAUUAAUUAUUUGAUAGAGUAUACAUACAUACAUACAUACAUACAUACAUAUAUAAAAUAAAAAAAUUCAAAGGAUGUUAAAGGUCUUGUGGCAUGCGCUUUAAUUUUGGUUUGAUAUGAAAUACUUUAUUCAUUGACCAUAAAGCUGUUCCCAUUUUUCUCGUUGUUUGUUAGCUGAAGCAUUUUCAAAUAAAUAAAUUAGUCAAUAAAGGUCUUUCUCUCUCCAUUUCUGAAUAACAGUCUUUUCCUGUUGUAUCAAAAUUGGGUGCAGUACAAAAGGUAUCAAUGGAGAGACUGAGGGAGUUAAUGAAGGUGCCCACAUCUUCUUGCAUUCAGAGCUGACUUUGUGCAUGGAUUUAUUAGAGAAUCAAAAACGUUUUUAUUAUGUAUUAAACACGGUAGACUCAGUACUCUAUAUAUUUCUAUCAAACUCCAUUUGCUGCCAUAGUUUCUCAUUUGUGUUGUGUAUUAUUCCAAUUGCAUUUUGAAUAUGACAUUUUUAUAAAUGAGGUAGAGCAAGCUCCCUACGCCCACCCCAGACUGCAGAUAGAUCACAGCUAAUUGUAAUCUGGUCUUUUACCCUGGUGUACAAAGUUUACUAUCAUCUUUUGCCUUUUAAAAAAAUUCUCAGUUGAAAUACAGAUGGCUAUAGUCUGAAACAAAAAGAAAAAUUUUGGUAGAACCAUCAUUUUCACUGAGGAACCUCUUCUCAUCCUUUACUUUCCUGAUGAAAGCAGCCUGAAGACAAAUUUUGCAUAGUUCACAGAUCACACCAAGGGGGAAGAAACGUAUCUCCAAAUCAAUUAUCAUCCAAAUCCAGAGGCUUUUGAGCAGUUUGAAAGAAAGAUUCAUAAGCCCCCUCCUCUCUCUCUCCCUGAGGGGAAAAAAACCAUGCCUCAGCUGAUUAAAGCCAAUGAGCUGUGGGGCACGGAUGACUGAGUGAACAUUUUUAUAAAUGGCAUUGCAGAAUUGUGAAAUUGAACGCGGCUGGUGAGAAGGUUCAACACACAGUUUAGAAGCUUUGAUCUCCAGUGGCUGUGACUUUUCAGACUUUGUCUCAGCUGAGCCCAACCCUAAUCCCUUGAACAUUUCCACACCCACCCACCCACAACAAUCUUAAGGAUGAUAUAAAAAGCAGAAGUAGCCAUGCUGGCAAAUUGAAAAAUCCAUAUUCAGGCAACACGUUAUCCCAGAUCUACAUCAAUGCAAUACCUUUAUUAGGUCACUCAAAACAUUACAAAAUAGGGUGUUGGCUUCGGGGUCCCUGAGAACUGUAGCAGCCAUGGAGUGUGCUGGCAUCUAGCCAAUCUUAAGAACUUCCGAUGAUCGUUUUCCAGGCACCUGACUUCAGUGGGCCCUUGUCAGGGGCCGAGUCUUUCAUGUGGCAGGUCCUACCCUGUGGAACUCCUUGCCAAGUGGGAAUCUUCCCUGCUUCCUUUUAAAAACUGUGCUCUUCAGAGAGGCCUUGGGGGUUUGCACUUGUUUUUAACAAGUCUGCUAAUAUGCUGUUGAUGCUUUCACUGAUAUUAUUGUAGUGCUGUGUUUUCAUAGAAUCAUAGAGUUGGAAGAGACCACAAGGGCCAUCGAGUACAACACCAUUAUUUUUCUAUGAAAGACAGAAAGAAAUAAAGGGAGGAGGAAGGAGGUUUCAAGUUGCCCUCAAGAUGACUGAGAAAAACACACAGUAGUAGCUGGUCCAUGCCUGAAAAUUCUGGGUGGCAUUCAACUAAAUUUUACUCAGUCACCCUGAGCCAGCUACCUAGCCAUCUUCAUUAAUUGCAAUUGGUCUACUCUGAGUAAAACUUAAGUUGAAUACUGCCCAUUAAACCCAGGUGUUAGUCAGAUCUCUCUAAGAAGUCCUAAUUCUAUGGGUUAGCUCAGUAUUAACAUGCGUGUAGCAUUUAGUGAUGCGGGUGGCGCUGUGGUCUAAACCACUGAGCCUCUUGGGCUUGCUGAUCAGAAGAUCGGCGGUUCGAAUGAGUGCUGCAACCCCAGAGUCGUUCGCAACUAGACUUACCUUUACCUAGCAUUUGGUGAAAAGUGCUUGUGUUUUUCUAAUGGGGAGCAGACAAUGAUGAUGCUAUCAUUCCUUGCCCUUUCUGAGCAGACCCCCCUUUUCCUCAUUGCUCUUGCCUAUCCUUGUGCCCCAGUCCCUCUGGGCCCAAUCCAUGUCACUACCCAAAGCAAGAGAGCAACACCCUGCCACUUCCUGGCAACAGAGGGAGUCUUGCACCCUUUCUGCUGUCUGAUUUGCUUGGAAGUGUCUCUUUUUCUGUUCCCCUCCAGACUUUUGGUGCGGAUGAUGUCGUAUGCACAAGAAUUUACGUAAGAGAGUGAAAAGUACCAGCCACCAUCGAGCGGGUGGGGGAUGAAGAGAUGGAUUAACAAGCAGAUGUUGUGUGAGAGAAAUCCUGUGCAGUAAACAUCUCUGUGUGUGGCCUACAGAGCAGCCUCGUACGUGACCAUACAUGUCAUCUUGAAUCCCAGUCGACCAGCCCAUGCCUUGGGCUUUUCACUCUGAUUACAAACCCUAGUCCCAUUAGAAUUGUGUCUCUCUGUGUGCUCCUCAUCUCUUUUCCAUUCUUUUACUUUGUGUUUUGUAGUUUACAAAUUUGUAUGAUUUGAGCAGUAAUUAAAUUUAUUGAACAUAAUGCCCAAUGCUUUGAAAGGGUUCCCCUCUUCUUCUUUUCCCUCAGCACAAGGAGCACCGCAUUCCAGCUAGCCAACGGGAUGUCGUGGCUAUUGUGGAUGAGGGUGGCCCAAAGGCUCAGGCCUCUCCUUGA